CUCUUCUUGUUUACUCUUCACUCUUUGCUCAUUGCUGUUAACUAAUCUUUCUUAAGAGUGAUUCGUGUAUUUCAAACCUCUAAUUAUAUUUUUUUAUAUUUCGCCUUAUUAGGCUCAAAUAAUGUUAAUACCGUUGGUACUUUUACUUUCAACGGGAAGCUUGUUAAGUGUGGAGUCCCAUCAAUCAUCCAAUAUCACAUCAUCCUCAUUGAACCGCCAAUAUUCUCGUGAUCAAUCUUCUCAUCUAUCAACAACCGGACUAGAUAAUGGUCAUCCCACUGCAAUCGCUCGCCGCAACCAUCAUCAAGUGCCUUCAUCUUACCACCAACUCUCUGGUCCCUCUUCAUCACCUUUCCAUGAGAGGCGUCCUCUUUACCGAGGACCUCGAGCUGAACCUGGAUUUCUUGAUGUUUUAGAAACAUCACCUCAUGAAAUUAGAGUUCAUCCCGGCGGACGACCUCAUUCUCAUCCUCCACCACAUCCACCACCACCUCCUCCUCAUCGGCAUAAUCGUCAACUUGGACAUCGAGGAAAAGCUGAAGUAGCAAUCACCGAACUGAAAGACAUCUCUCAAAUUCCUAAGAUUUUACGAGCAGUCAAGGAUAGGAUUCAAUCUAUGCCUGGUCUUAAAGCUUUCUUGUUAACAAAAGACGGACCUUCUGGUCCAAAAAUUAAACCUUCAAUUGUUUUGACUGCACCAGAAGAGUUUUCAAAUAAACCUGGACAUUUAAUAUGGCGACUAUUAAACUCAAAAUCAGCUAAAACACCAAACAGUUUUGGUAAAAGUUUAACAUCACGACCACGAUAUCCAUCUCCACCUUCAUCACCUUCAUCUUCAGUUUCAAACUCACCUUCCUCUUCACCCUCAUCAUCUACUUCACCCUCUUCACCAGCAUCAAAUUUUAAUGAUAAAUAUACCUUCAUUGAAGUUCCCAGCUCCAUUGAUCUCGAUGGUUCCUCUCCUUUUGCUGAAUCAACUUUCCCAAAUGAAAAUAUUGUCAUCAACACUAACCCAGAGAGUACGGAUUCAAACUCAGAAGAGAUAUUGAUUGAACAAAGUGACAAUCAGAUGCCCUCAAAUGGAUUAACGUACAACAUUAACAAUGGACUUAACGGCAAUCACAAUAACCUCAACAAUUUUAAUGAACCCAUCCAAAUGGCGGAAUCCAGUUCAGAGAUGAUUGAGGAAUCACCUAGGACUUAUUAUUAUCGAGACACAACCGAACCUAAGGGUUACCAUCACGGAGGAUACCAGAACUCGGAUUAUCUUCAAGCAACUUCAAUACGCGACAAUUCCUUUGCAUCAAGUCCAUUCACAGUCAAUGAACAUGUACCUUUGUCACCAAAGCACAAUGGUUGGAUUCCCAAGGAUACUAAACACUGGACACCGGGUGCUUACCGAUCAGCCUUUUAUACGCCCGAUACUCGAUUAAUCAAAUUCACAAUCCAUGAUCGAGUCUCUGAAUCAUUGAGGAAACAAUCUCAGAGCAGAAAUAGUGCCAUUAAUAAGGAUUUUAAUAAUUUUAACAGCAACAGCAAUAGUAAUAAUAAUAAUAAUGUUAAUAGUAAUGUUAAUAGUAAUGUUAAUAACAACAAUAAUCACCAUCUUUAUAAUAGAAAUAGUUUGUCAAGUAAAUAUAGCAAUGAUUAUAGUAAUCAUCCGUCUUUAAUUGAAGAAAGCUAUAAUAUCAAUGAAGAUGAACUAAUCAGGCCAUCAACAAGCACAAUAACAACAACAAAUUCACCAUUAUCAUCACCAUCAUCAUCAUCAACAACAAUCAAAAAGGUUGCUGCUGUUGUUACUUUAACACCUGCUUCAGUCACUGAAUCAUCAUCAGAAUCAACCUCAUCAUGGUCAACAUCAAGUCAAAAUAAAGCAACAGAAUCAUCAUUGACAACAUCAACAACAACAACAAUCAAGCCAUCAUCAUCAUCUUCACGGUAAAAAUUGACAUCAAAUUUUAACAAUCCUUUGAUGAUUGUUAUGCAUAAAUUUUAAUUGUUUACUGGCUCGUCAUUUUAUUUUUUUACUGUUUAUCGCCAUCUUCAUCUUCACUUUCAUCAUCCUCAUUAUUGUAUAAUGUUGUUGCACUUUUUUUUAUUUUUUUAAAAAAAUUUACAAAAAACACAAAAACACACUUUUCCAACAAUUUCAUUGGAAUUAACCUUUGUUACAACAUUUGUUGUUUUUUCACCGACUUCAUCAUCAUCUUCAUCAACAUUCAUUUUACUCUUGUGAUGCUCAUGUUCAAUACUUGUUAAAAUCAAAAUGUAUUAAUAAAUGCCAUUAUUUUUUGUUAAACCUC